AUGGGAGUGUGUGACGCGUACAUCGACGCCCUUGCUGUUGCUCUCAAGUCCAACCACUGCCUGCAGACCCUGGAUUUGAGCCGAUUCUGGAUGACUGCCGACCGCGCCAUCACCAUCGCCAAUGCGCUCGAUCCCCAUCGCAACAUCACCGUCAAGUUUGACGGUGAAAACGAAGAUGUGAGACACGCCUUUGACAAGCGCAUGAACGAGCGCCGCCAGCAAAACACGCCGCAACCUUCCCACCCACUACACGCAGCAGUCGCUCCCCCGUCUUCGCCAGGCUCAUCGGCCAAGCCUUCGUCGGAGAUUGCGCUCAAGAAGAAGCUUCAAGAGAAAAAUGCGGAACUCAGUGCGGUUCAACAAGCAAACGCAAAGCUGCAGCAGAACCUCGAGUCAGUCCAGCAGCAGCUGGCUUCCAAGACGUCCUCCCUCAACGAUGCAGAUGCGCGCAUCGCUGAGCUUGAGCAACAAGUUACUGCGUUGAGUGAAGCUCUCAGCAACUCUGAAGACAUCGUCAAGCACUUUGAAUCGCAUUCGCAACAGUUGGCACAGGAGAACGCCUUCUUCAAGACACGCGUAGAACUCAAGGACAACUGGGAAGAGCAGCUCGAGGGCGUGUUGAACCUGAACAUCCCGUCGUCCCGUUUUGUGGGGAAAGUGCGAGUAUUCGACAUCAACGGCAAGCCCGUUGGUGGCGCCUUUGGUUCUCUCUUCAAGGCGGAGCUGGCAGGACAGCCGGUUGCUCUCAAGCAAAUGCCCGUCCAGAAUCGCCCUCGCCUCUCCGAAAUCAUCGCAUGCGUUGCUGGGUCUGAGGACGUUCCAGACCAUUUGAAGCAGUUGCGACGCGAGGCGCUCAUCCUGCUCUCCCUCCGUCAUCCCAACAUUGUGCACUUCCUUGGCCUCACCCACGAUGAGCAGAGCCAGACGCUGGCCUUUGUGCUGAGCUGGGCCGAGAACGGGUCCCUCUACGACCUGUUGCACGUGAAGAAGCAGCUGCUUGACGAGCCAACUUGUCUUCGCGUUGCAUUUGAGGUGGCCUGUGCCAUGGCGUUCCUUCACGCCCACAACGUCGUGCACCGCGACCUCAAGUCGCCCAACGUACUGCUGGACGCAUCGCUCUCCGCCAAGGUGACGGACUUUGGCCUGAGCACCUUCAAGUCGGCAGACAAGUCCGUGCUGACACAUGGUGGUGGCACACCGCUGUGGGCAUCGCCCGAGCAGCUCUUGGAGGGACAGGAGCUCCGCAUGGACACGGACGUGUUUUCCUUUGCUGUUCUGGUGUGGGAGCUGUUCCUCAACAUCAAGCCCUGGUACCAUGGCAAGUACGCUGCGCUGGGUGGCGCGAACAUCUCCACAAUUGCCAGAGCGUAUGAGAAGGGCAGAUACCUCCCGCUUGACGUUGAGGUUGAUGGUCGCAGGCUGAGCGAUGCGGUGCAGCAGGUGCUUGGUCAGUGCUUUGACGUCAGCGGCAACCGACCAUCGUUUGUUCAGCUGCAAGGCACGCUGGGUGGGCAGUACACAGCCGCCAAAGAACAGCACGCAGUCGAUAUGGAACAGCAACACGAGCAGCUGCACGGUCCUGCCAGUGCCGCGUGGAAGUGGCAGCCCAACGUCCUCGAACCACUGCAGUCGUUCAUGGUGACUCAUCCAACCCGCGCGUCAGUGCGCAUUGCUGCGGUUGGCGCUGCCCACGACAAGGCCAUCGCCAUCGCCAAUCAGAUGAUCACGGAAGCUGGCGGCCGCUCAAGUGAUGAAGCAACAGCAGCUCCUCUGCAGCCCUUUGGCAAGACCGUUGCUGGUGUCGCUGUUGUGCAGUGCAGCCAGAAGAAUGCUGCCUUCAACGGCGCCGUGCACCGCAACCAGACCCGUUAUCGUGGUCACAUGAGCAGCGCCAACCACCCGUUCCAUCCCAAGUACCAGAUGGGUCAGGCAACGGGUGCGCCCAUCAACGCCGAGGAGGCUGCUGUCCUUGCUCGCGCCACCCUCCACCCUGCUGGCGCUUCAUCGUACAAGGUGCUGGACCCGGCCAUGAUGCAGCCUGAUGUGCAUCUUCGCCUGCAGCGCGUGUUCCAUGGCGUGCCGUCGUUUGCUGUGGCCAUGAGCAUCCUGGGCGGCGAUUUCGCACAGCUGCAGAAGACUGACAAUGGCUGGUACGGUGCUGGCUUCUACUUUACGCACGACCUCGACUAUGCUCUCGAGUACACGAAGAAGUGUAAGGAUGUGCCGCCUGAGCUGCAGCACCUGAAUUUGCCUGCAGGCAAGCAGUUCCGGGUGGUCCUGGUGUGUGACGUGCAGUAUGGCAACCCAUACCCAGUGCCGGACGCUGUCACCUUUAACGGCAAGCCGCUCGUUGGCGGACACGACGCCCAUGUUGCCGUCGUCGAUUUCAGCACCGGCAGCAAGGCUGACGCAUUCCCCCUCGCACCCACAGAAUGGGCCAGCAAGCGCACCGCCGCCGAGAUUGUGAUCAACGACCCGUCCUGUGUCCUCGUGCGCGGCAUCCUCGUGUUUGAGGCCUGA